ACAAAAUUUUCACUAGAGCAGAGUACGGUAGUUGACUGAGAAUUAUGACAAAGACCAUUGGCAUGAGUUAGAAAAAGACAGAAAUAAUGUCUGUCCCAAGUUCAACGUGAAACGCGCAGCAGUCGAACGCAGUCAUGUAAACACAGCCUAAGCAAAGGAACAACAAGAAGAGGACAGAGAUAUUAUUAGUUUUUGCUUAGGCUUGCUUGUAAACGGUCAAUUUUUAUAAGAAAUUAUAACUUGUAAUUAAUGUCAUGUUUAUAAAUAGGAAUUAUGGCAGGUACUAGGUAUGAAAUGGAUAUUGACAAUCAAAGUGAAGAUGGAGAAAUUAAAAAGAGUCCAAAAAAAGAUACAGACAAUUUUAGUUUUUCUGAAGAAGAAGGAGCUGAUACGACAGAUUCACUUGACAUUAAACCGCCACAAGCUGUUAAAAGGCAUCAUAAAAUUAAUGUGUCAAGAAGACGUGACAAACAUGGCGAAAAAAGAGAUCGCAAAGAUGAAAAAGAACGAAAGUCUCGGCAUCAUGAUCGAGUAGAGGAAAAACAUCGUGAUAAGCAUAGGCAUAGAAGACACGAUGUAGAAUCUUUAGAACGGGGGGAGCGUUCUGAAGGUUCAAAACGAGAACGUGAAAGAAUGGAUCGAAUGGAAAGAAUUGAUGGACAUUCUAGAGAUAGGGAAUCUUCUAGACAUGAUAGGAAAGAUAGAACUACUGGAGAUCGGGUAUUGGAAGAUUUGCGAGAAAGUAAAAAUGAAUUCUUAUACAAUGUUUCUAGACUAUUGGAUAAAAGAAGGGAAAGGCGGGAAGAUCCCCGCGAAAUUCGAGAAUCUAGACGAGAUGUUCGCUUAGAAGAAUCUCGUGAAAUGAAAGAAUCACGUGAUCGUCGUGACAUUCGAAUUGAUGAAAUACGCGACCGUCAUGAACUCCGUUCGAUUGAUGAUGGACGUGAUCGACGUGAAUUAAGAAUAGAUGAUCGUCGACAUAUUCGUAUGAUCGAAGAGCAAUAUCCAGAAUCUGAUUUGAUCGAUCGACCUGAGAAACGUCACAAAAGAUCUCACAAACAUGAUAGAACACGAGAUAGAGAAAAAGUUGAUCGAGAAAAGCAUAUGAAAAACAUAAUAGAGAUGUCGAAUAAUGAAGAUCAAGAAGGUAUGGAAGUUUCAGAAAUUCUAUUAAUGCCCAAAGAUCCAAAAGAAAUGACCGAGCAAGAACUUCGAAAAGAAAGACUUUUAGAAGCUGACAGAGAAAUGGCUAGGCGAAAAGAAGUAUCUCGAUUAGAACUCGAAGCAAGAAGAUUAAAAAGAGGAGAGAAGAGGGCAUUGAGUCCUGAUUUGAAUCCUGAUCCAUCUGUAGUUGAAUUAUCAGAUGAAAGUCCCAAUUCCAUACAUUCUGAUAUUGCGAGAUCUAGAUCUAUAGAGCGAUCAUCUGAAGAACGCAGAAGCCUUCAAGAAAGAUCCGCAGACAGACAUUCGUCAGAUUCUUCUAAUUCAAGUAGUGAUGACGACGAGGACGAUGAGGAUGAUGAUGAUGAUGAUGAUGAUGACGAUGAUGAUGAUGAUGAUGAUGAUUCAAAUGAAUCGAAUAAAGGUAGUAAUGAUGAAUCGAAUGACGGCUCAGAUUACAAUAAUCCAAGUCCUUUAUCAGUGGAAAGAUUGACAAAGUCAGAUCAUUCUGAAGGCGGUUCACCAGGACAUGUUGAUUCAAAUGGAACAGCUAAAGGUGACGAAACUGAAGAAACAGUUAAUGAAGCACCUGAAUUGCCACCUUAUUUGCCAGCCAUUCAAGGUUGUAGAAGUGUAGAAGAAUUCCAAUGUCUUAAUCGCAUAGAAGAAGGUACUUACGGAGUUGUUUACAGAGCUAGAGAUAAAAGAACCGAAGAGAUAGUGGCAUUAAAAAGACUCAAAAUGGAAAAAGAAAAAGAAGGAUUUCCUAUAACAAGUUUAAGGGAAAUAAACACAUUACUCAAAGCUCAACAUCCAAAUAUAGUUACUGUUCGUGAAAUAGUUGUUGGCAGUAAUAUGGACAAAAUAUUUAUAGUGAUGGACUAUGUUGAACAUGACUUAAAGUCAUUAAUGGAAACAAUGAAACAAAAGAAACAGGUUUUUAUACCUGGUGAAGUUAAGUGUCUCAUGCAACAAUUACUACGAGCUGUAGCACAUUUACAUGAUAAUUGGAUAUUACACCGUGAUUUAAAAACUUCAAAUUUGUUAUUGAGUCAUCGAGGUAUAUUGAAGGUCGGAGACUUUGGCUUAGCACGAGAAUAUGGUUCUCCUUUACGACAAUAUACCCCAAUAGUUGUAACUUUAUGGUAUCGAGCACCUGAACUUCUUUUAGGUGGAAAAGAAUACAGUACCCCAAUCGAUAUGUGGUCCGUCGGUUGCAUUUUUGCCGAAUUCCUCAGAAUGGAAGCUCUCUUUCCGGGUAAAUCUGAAAUGGAUCAAUUAAAUAAAAUUUUCAAAGAACUAGGUUCACCAAGUGAUCGAAUAUGGCCUGGUUAUAGUAAAUUACCAAUGGUGCAAAAAAUACCAUUUUCACACUAUCCUGUUAAUAAUCUUAGACAACGGUUUAGUUUGUCAUUAACUGAUCUGGGAAUUGAACUAUUAAAUAAAUUUUUAACAUAUGAUCCUCAACAGCGAAUAACAGCAGAAGAUGCAUUAAAGUAUGGUUACUUUAAUGAGCCUCCAUUACCUAUUGAUCCGAAAAUGUUUCCAACUUGGCCAGCAAAAUCAGAAUUGGGAGCGAGAACAGCUAACAAUGCAUCACCUAAGCCUCCCAGCGGUGGUAAAGAAUAUAAACAAUUAAAUGAUGGGGAUGAAGCAGAUAUUAAUUCCUCUGGAUUUCAUAUGGGUCUCUUGGAAGGUGGAAGACCUCCUCCUAUCGGUGGUGGUUUUCAUCUUAAAUUUUAAAACACUAUAUUUUUCAAAACUUUAUAAAAAAUAAAUAAAUUAAUAAAAAUUAUAAAAAACAA